GGGGCAAGGGGAACUUGAAACUGUCUGAUUGGACGAUGCAAGUCGCACAAAGGAAAAAGUCAUGCAGUCCCUUUUAGGAAAGCAACAGUUGUAUGUGGAGUGCUACUCUGCAGCUUUGAUUGAUUUAACAAGAUUUUCAUUUGUCCAAGUUCUUCCUGAUGCCACGGAAUUUUAAAAGUAACUUUGCAGUGUUUGCCGUUCAUACUUAUUUCGACUAACAGAGGCGAGGAGUCGGAAACAAAAGUUUUUUUGGAAGAAAUGGAUUUACUUGGGAUGCGUGUCUUCCUCGCACUGCUGCCGUCCUGUCUGCUGCUGGUGUCGGCGCAGUAUCAGGGUGAUAAUGGAAUUGCAAUCCCGGAUCAUGGUUUUUGCCAACCGAUUUCUAUCCCGUUAUGCACAGACAUUGCUUACAAUCAAACCAUAAUGCCCAAUUUGGUAGGGCAUUACAAUCAAGAGGACGCAGGUUUGGAGGUACACCAGUUUUAUCCAUUGGUGAAGGUACAGUGCUCCCCAGAACUAAAAUUCUUCUUGUGCUCAAUGUAUGCUCCAGUUUGUACUGUCCUAGAGAAAGCGAUACCCCCUUGCCGUUCCAUCUGUGAGCGGGCCAAGCAGGGCUGUGAGGCCCUCAUGAAUAAAUUCGGCUUCCAGUGGCCGGAGAGACUGAGGUGCGAAAACUUCCCCGUCCUCGGAGACGGGCACAUUUGCGUAGGUCAGAACGACUCUGAGAGCGGCGUGCCCACUGUUACUACCCCACCAAUGCACAUUCCAGCCCCUGCUGGAACCCCUGGGAUCCACCCGUACUCCCCCCCGGACAGACCAUUCCGCUGCCCCUCCGUGCUGAAGGUGCCCUCUUACUUGAACUAUAAGUUUUUGGGGGAGCAGGACUGUGCGGCCCCCUGUGAGCCCCACAAGAACAGUGGGGGUCAUAUGUUUUUCAGUCAGAAGGAGAUCAGGUUUGCACGGAUCUGGAUUCUGAUAUGGUCCUCCUUGUGCUGUGCCUCCACCCUGUUCACCGUGACGACGUACUUGGUGGAUAUGCAGCGCUUUAAGUACCCAGAGAGGCCCAUCAUCUUCCUCUCAGGGUGCUACACUAUGGUCUCCAUCGCCUAUAUAGCCGGGUUCUUCUUGGGGGACAAGGUAGUCUGCAACGAGAGCUUUACCCCUGACGGAUACAAAACCGUGGUGCAGGGGACCAAGAAGGAGGGCUGCACCAUUCUGUUCAUGAUGCUCUACUUCUUCAGCAUGGCCAGCUCCAUCUGGUGGGUCAUCCUCUCCCUCACUUGGUUCCUGGCAGCAGGGAUGAAGUGGGGCCACGAGGCCAUCGAGUCCAACUCGCAGUACUUCCACCUGGCCGCGUGGGCAGUGCCCGCAGUCAAGACCAUCAGCAUCCUCGCCAUGGGCCAGAUUGACGGCGACACGUUGAGUGGCGUCUGCUUCGUCGGCCUGAACAACCUCGACCCGCUGAGGGGCUUCGUGCUGGCACCCCUCUUCGUUUACCUGUUCAUUGGCACCUCCUUCCUCCUCGCUGGCUUCGUGUCCCUUUUCCGCAUCCGGACCAUCAUGAAGCACGACGGCACCAAGACGGAGAAGCUGGAGCGGCUGAUGGUGCGGAUCGGCGUGUUCAGCGUGCUCUACACCGUGCCGGCCACCAUCGUCAUCGCCUGCUUCUUCUAUGAGCAGGCCUUCCGCGAGCACUGGGAGCGCAGCUGGAUAAGUCAGAACUGCAAAGGGCUCGCCAUCCCCUGCCCAAUGCAGUACGCCCCGCGCAUGACCCCAGACUUCACCGUCUACAUGAUCAAAUACCUCAUGACUCUGAUUGUGGGCAUCACCUCUGGGUUUUGGAUCUGGUCAGGGAAGACCUUGCAGUCGUGGCGCAAGUUCUACACCAGACUUACAAACAGUAAGCACGGUGAGACCACGGUGUAACCCAUCAAAUAAGCCGUCCCCCUUCUUCCCCCCCAAAACCGUCAGAGCUUCAGGCAGGGAGAGUGGGCUCAGCCUUUUAAGAGAACUGGUGAAAGCGCAUGUCUCUGGCAGGACUUGUGUAAAGUUUUUUAAACUGAAUGCACAGCUCGUGCACCAAAGCCCCCUGCUCCCUCCUCCCCAUGACCCCCUGUUUUUAAUCAACCAACAGUAAAAGCACUCUGAGUGAGAAACCAGCAGGGAAUUCUGUCAAAAAAGAGGGAGGGAGGCUAAAAGGAACUUUAUUGCAGGUUCGUUAACUUUUUCGGGGGUGUAAUUAAAUGAACUGUAAAUAACAUUUGUAAAAAUAUAUAUGAAUAUAAUUAUAUAUUUGUAUUUAAAGAAAGGAGAGAUGCUUUUCCUCAGACAGCCUUGAAGCCUGACAAAAGUGCACAUCCUUUUAAUGCAGACUUUGUCGAUGCCUCUUUUGUUGGCAGCUGAUGACGCGGCACAGUUGGACUUUUCUCUGUCGAAUCAAGAUCAUUUUUCCUGUAUGUACAAGAUUAAGGAGGCUGCUGCAUAUUAACGGACAUCUUAACGUGUACUCUUUGCAUGCUUGGCCCUUUCCCCAGAAGAAGCGAGAGAUUCAAAUCAAAGCAACUAGCAAGAGCGCAUAGAUUUGCUGCUGUGUUUAUGGGUGUAUUUGGAGUGAAAAUGAAUUUUUUUCCAUGGCAAAUUCUUUGUUUCCAGUGAGCUUAAAUUUUCUGUGGCAUUUUAAGUCCUAAAAACCAAAAGGAGAGUUGGAGUAAUUCAAUAAAAUUUGAUGAUUUUCUCCUCACAACAAACAGCUGCAUUUUAAUACGGAAACUGCUACUUUGAAUUCAAUACCAGUGUGAAUCAGGCAGUCUUUAAUAAGUAAAUGCAGUUCAUAUGACAGAGGGGAAAAGGAAGAGAAAUGAAAGGCACAUGAUUUGAUAAUUUUGGAAAGAAUCUGUUUUUAGUUCAUUCUCAGCCACUGUGCUGGGUAAAAGAUGGAACUAUUAUGGCUGAGCACACAUCACUUUCUGUCAUUCUGACUGCAUUUUCACCAUUUUUGGUUAUGUUUGGCCUUUGUACCUUCCAUGUCUUGACCGUACCAGUCUAAAAUUUGUUUCCUGUUUAAAUGAGGUCCUACUGAAAAUGUCAGUUUCUUAGCCUCUGAAAUCCCUUUUUCAGAAUGCCUUGUGUAUGCAUGUAUU